AUGAGCAACGCAUAUUAUGUACAUUAUUCGCAAAAACUUGAACCAAUACAGAAGAAGGUGGAAGAAGCAAAGCAACAAAUUUUGACACCUUUAGAGAAGCUGGACACUCCUGGAAAAGCAGCUGUGCAAAACGAUCAUGAAAUCUGUUUUGUUGGCGAUGAAGCAUACCGCGAGCUGUCACGAGUGGACCCGGAGGCCGAGAAAAAACUUUUGAAAGCAAUCGAAGAAGAUGAUAGUGCAAAAUACAAAAAGCCUGCCGAGUAA